AGGAAAGUGGACUGCAAGAUUAUUAUGGAAGUAAAGAUGCCUCAAGUUUGUUUGAUUACAUAAAGAACAAUUGUCAAGCUAUAGAACCUACAUUGUUUUCUCCAGAUAUUGUUACAGGAAGUGAAGACGACUCAAAUAUAUUUGAUUACAUUAAGGAAAUUUGUCAAGGAACUGAAUCCACAAUAAAUUUGUCAGACAUAGAACCUACUAUAUUUUUAGCAGAUGACCGGAGGACCGAGGAUAAAUCUGUUCUGGGCAACAAUCCUUUGGAGAAAUAUCGUUUCCCAUAUCAAAAUUCUGCAGGAAAGGUUGAGUUAUGGCCCAAUUCAGCAGUUUGGAUAUAUCAAAAAGAACUUGAUAAAAUUAUGGACUUGCCUUUACUUUAUCCAAGAACCUUUAUAAGAGCGUUAUUGCAAAAUUUAAUUGGUAUAAAUGAAUUACACCACUUUUCAAAAAGAUUAAAUUAUCCGGAAGAAUUACCUAUAAAUGUCAAAGUCGCAGUCCUUAAAUUCGUGAAGGAUAUUUUUAAAACUAAGAAAAACUUAACAGAUAAAGUUUUAAAAGAGGCAUUACGUCAUCUACUAUAUCUUAUUUCAAGUAUUCCAAAUAAGGCAAACGAGAACAGUGACCUCUUGCAGCAAGAACUGUUUCCAUUUGAAGAUAGUGCAGGGAAGGUUGAGUUAUGGCCUAAGUCAAAUAUUUGGAUAAAUGAAACAGUACGUGAUGAUAUAAAGAAAGAAUCUAAUUUAAAGCUGGUUCCGUUAAUGAGAAUCCUACUACAAAAUUUAAUUGGUAAAGGUAAAUUUAACCUUAUUGAAACUCAAAGAAGGAAAGGAGCAAAAAAGUUACCACCAAAUUUUAAAAUAACCAUCUACGCAUUUUUGAAGGAUGUAUUAAAAAACGAUAGAAUUACAAAGAAAUCAUUAGACGCUGCAUUCAAUACCAUAAUUUAUACGGAAAUAUCAAAAUAUUUGAAAGGAGAACAUUAAGGUGAUGUGAACUCAUCAACUUCAGUUAACAAAUGUAUAAAUUAUCACAAGUUUUGUUAAAAAUGUGAAGUAAUUUUUCCAUGAUAAUAAAAAAAUAUGUUAAUUUAGA